AUGGCCCGCUUCGGAGACGAGAUGCCGGCCCGCUACGGGGGAGGAGGCGCCGGGGCCGCCGCCGGGGUGGUCGCGGGCGCCGGCGGCGGCGGCAGCGGCGGCGGGCGAGGAGCCGGGGGCAGCCGGCAGGGCGGGCAGCCCGGGGCGCAAAGGAUGUACAAGCAGUCCAUGGCGCAGCGAGCGCGGACCAUGGCCCUCUACAACCCCAUCCCCGUCCGGCAGAACUGCCUCACGGUCAACCGCUCCCUGUUCCUCUUCAGCGAGGACAACGUGGAUGACACGGAACCAUACUUCAUUGGAAUUUUUUGUUUCGAGGCUGGCAUUAAGAUCAUCGCCCUCGGGUUUGCCUUCCACAAAGGCUCUUACUUGAGGAACGGUUGGAACGUGAUGGACUUCGUGGUGGUGCUAACAGGCAUCUUGGCGACCGUUGGGACAGAGUUUGACCUUCGGACACUGAGGGCAGUUCGAGUGCUGCGGCCGCUCAAGCUGGUGUCUGGAAUCCCAAGUUUACAAGUCGUCCUGAAGUCGAUCAUGAAGGCGAUGAUCCCCUUGCUGCAGAUCGGCCUUCUCCUAUUUUUUGCAAUCCUUAUUUUUGCAAUCAUAGGGUUAGAAUUUUAUAUGGGGAAAUUUCAUACCACCUGCUUUGAAGAGGGGACAGAUGACAUUCAGGGUGAGUCUCCGGCUCCAUGUGGGACCGAGGAGCCCGCCCGCACCUGCCCCAACGGGACCAAAUGCCAGCCCUACUGGGAAGGGCCCAACAACGGGAUCACUCAGUUCGACAACAUCCUGUUCGCAGUGCUGACUGUUUUCCAGUGCAUCACCAUGGAAGGGUGGACUGACCUCCUCUACAAUAGCAACGACGCCUCAGGGAACACUUGGAACUGGUUGUACUUCAUCCCCCUCAUCAUCAUCGGCUCCUUUUUUAUGCUGAACCUCGUGCUGGGUGUGCUGUCAGGGGAGUUUGCCAAAGAAAGAGAGCGGGUGGAAAACCGGCGGGCUUUUCUGAAGCUGAGGCGGCAGCAGCAGAUUGAACGAGAGCUCAACGGGUACAUGGAGUGGAUCUCGAAAGCAGAAGAGGUGAUCCUCGCCGAGGAUGAGACUGACGGGGAGCAGAGGCACCCCUUUGAUGCUCUGCGGAGAGCCACCAUCAAGAAGAGCAAGACGGAUCUGCUCAACCCCGAGGAGGCGGAGGACCAGCUCGCCGACAUCGCCUCUGUGGGGUCUCCCUUUGCCCGAGCCAGCAUCAAAAGUGCCAAGCUGGAGAACUCGACCUUUUUUCACAAAAAGGAGAGGAGGGUGCGUUUCUACAUCCGCCGCAUGGUCAAAACUCAGGCCUUCUACUGGACUGUGCUCAGUCUGGUAGCCCUCAACACGCUGUGCGUUGCUAUCGUUCACUACAACCAGCCCGAGUGGCUCUCCGACUUCCUCUACUAUGCAGAAUUCAUUUUCUUAGGACUCUUUAUGUCCGAAAUGUUUAUAAAAAUGUACGGGCUUGGAACACGGCCUUAUUUCCACUCCUCCUUCAACUGCUUUGACUGUGGGGUUAUCAUCGGGAGCAUCUUUGAGGUCAUCUGGGCCGUCAUAAAGCCUGGUACAUCCUUUGGAAUCAGCGUGUUACGAGCCCUCAGGUUAUUGCGUAUUUUCAAAGUCACAAAGUACUGGGCGUCUCUCAGGAAUCUGGUCGUCUCUCUUCUCAACUCCAUGAAGUCCAUCAUCAGCCUGUUGUUCCUCCUCUUCCUGUUCAUCGUCGUCUUUGCACUUUUAGGAAUGCAGCUCUUCGGCGGCCAGUUUAAUUUCGAUGAAGGGACUCCUCCUACCAACUUCGACACUUUUCCAGCAGCAAUAAUGACGGUGUUUCAGAUCCUGACGGGCGAGGACUGGAACGAGGUCAUGUACGACGGCAUCAAAUCUCAGGGCGGCGUGCAGGGCGGCAUGGUGUUCUCCAUCUACUUCAUCGUGCUGACGCUCUUCGGGAACUACACCCUCCUGAAUGUGUUCUUGGCCAUCGCGGUGGAUAACUUGGCCAACGCCCAGGAGCUCACCAAGGAUGAACAAGAAGAAGAAGAGGCGGCCAACCAGAAGCUCGCCCUCCAGAAAGCCAAGGAGGUGGCAGAAGUGAGUCCUCUGUCCGCAGCCAACUUGUCCAUAGCUAUGAAGGAGCAGCAGAAGAACCAGAAGCCGGUGAAGUCCGUGUGGGAGCAGCGGACCAGCGAGAUGCGCAAGCAGAACCUGCUGGCCAGCCGGGAGGCCCUAUACAACGAGAUGGACCCCGACGAGCGCUGGAAAGCCACCUUCGCCCGGCACCUGCGGCCCGACAUGAAGACCCACCUGGACCGGCCGCUGGUGGUGGACCCCCAGGAGAACCGCAACAACAACACCAACAAGAGCCGGGCCGCCGAGCCCACGGUGGACCAGCGCCUGGGCCAGCAGCGGGCGGAGGACUUCCUCCGCAAACAGGCGCGCUACCACGACCGGGCCCGGGACCCCAGCGGCUCCGUGGGCCCCGACGCCCGGCGGCCCUGGGCCGGCAGCCAGGAGGCCGAGCUGAGCCGGGAGGGUCCCUACGGCAGAGAGUCGGACCCUCACCCCCGGGAAGGCAGCCUGGAGCCGCCGGGCUUCUGGGAGGGGGAGGCCGAGCGGGCCAAGCCCGGGGACCCCCACCGGAGGCACGCGCACCGGCCGGGGGCCAGCCGGGAGAGCCGCAGCGGGUCCCCGCGCACCGGAGCCGACGGGGAGCCCCGCCGGCACCGCGCCCACCGCAGGCCGGGCGAGGAGGCCCCGGAGGACAAGGCCGAGCGGAGGUCCCGGCACCGGGAGGGCGGCCGGCCGGCGGGCGGCGAGGGCGAGGCGCCCGACGGCGGCGAGCGGAGGCGGCGGCACCGGCACGGCCCUCCGGCCACGUAUGACAUGGACACGCGGAGGGAGGACAAGGAGCGCAGGCACCGGAGGAGGAAAGACACCCCGGGCGCCGGGGUCCCCGUGUCGGGCCCCCACCUGUCGACCACCCGGCCGAUCCAGCAGGACCUGGGCCGCCAGGACCCGCCGCCGCCGCCGGCCGAGGCCAUCGACAACAUGAAGAACAACAAGCUGGCCACCGCGGAGUCGGCCGGCCCCCGCGACGGCCUCGGCCACGCCGGCCCGCCCCCGAGCCCCGCCAAGAUGGGCAACAGCACCACCCCCGGCCCGGCCACGGCCGCCCACCCCCAGAACGCCGCCGCCGCCGCCGCCGGCCGCCAGAUGCCCAACAACCCGGGAAACCCGUCCAACCCCGGCCCCCCCAAGACCCCCGAGAACAGCCUUAUUGUCACCAACCCCAGCAGCACCCAGCCUAACUCAGCGAAGACUGCCAGGAAACCUGACCACACCGCAGUGGACAUCCCCCCCGCCUGCCCGCCCCUCAACCACACCGUCGUCCAAGUGAACAAAAACGCCAACCCAGACCCACUGCCAAAAAAGGAGGAAGAGAAGAAGGAGGAGGAGGACGACCCCGGGGAAGACGGCCCCAAGCCCAUGCCCCCCUACAGCUCCAUGUUCAUCCUCUCCACCACCAACCCCCUUCGCCGCCUGUGCCAUUACAUCCUGAACCUGCGCUACUUCGAGAUGUGCAUCCUCAUGGUCAUCGCCAUGAGCAGCAUCGCCCUGGCGGCCGAGGACCCCGUGCAGCCCAACGCGCCGCGGAACAACGUGCUGCGAUAUUUCGACUACGUGUUCACAGGCGUCUUUACCUUUGAGAUGGUGAUCAAGAUGAUCGACCUGGGGCUCGUCCUGCACCAGGGUGCCUACUUCCGCGACCUCUGGAACAUCCUGGACUUCAUAGUGGUCAGUGGGGCCCUGGUGGCCUUCGCCUUCACUGGCAACAGCAAAGGAAAGGACAUCAACACGAUCAAAUCUCUCCGGGUGCUGCGGGUGCUCCGGCCGCUCAAAACCAUCAAGCGGCUGCCAAAGCUCAAGGCCGUGUUCGACUGCGUGGUGAACUCUCUCAAGAACGUCUUCAACAUCCUCAUCGUGUACAUGCUGUUCAUGUUCAUCUUCGCCGUGGUGGCCGUGCAGCUGUUCAAGGGCAAGUUCUUCCACUGCACCGACGAGUCCAAGGAGUUCGAGAAGGACUGCCGGGGCAAGUACCUCCUGUAUGAGAAGAACGAGGUGAAGGCCCGGGACCGCGAGUGGAAGAAGUACGAGUUCCACUACGACAACGUGCUCUGGGCGCUGCUGACCCUCUUCACCGUGUCCACGGGGGAGGGCUGGCCGCAGGUGCUGAAGCACUCGGUGGACGCCACCUUCGAGAACCAGGGCCCCAGCCCCGGGUACCGCAUGGAGAUGUCCAUCUUCUACGUCGUCUACUUCGUCGUGUUCCCCUUCUUCUUCGUCAACAUCUUCGUGGCCUUGAUCAUCAUCACCUUCCAGGAGCAGGGAGACAAGAUGAUGGAGGAGUACAGCCUGGAGAAAAACGAGAGAGCCUGCAUCGACUUCGCCAUCAGCGCCAAGCCCCUGACCCGGCACAUGCCCCAGAACAAGCAGAGCUUCCAAUACCGCAUGUGGCAGUUCGUGGUGUCCCCGCCCUUCGAGUACACCAUCAUGGCCAUGAUCGCCCUCAACACCAUCGUGCUCAUGAUGAAGUUCUACGGGGCCUCGCUUGCUUAUGAAAAUGCUCUGAGGGUGUUCAACAUCGUCUUCACCUCCCUCUUCUCUCUGGAAUGUCUGCUCAAAGUCAUGGCUUUUGGGAUUCUGAAUUAUUUCCGCGAUGCCUGGAACAUCUUCGAUUUUGUGACUGUUCUGGGCAGCAUCACCGACAUCCUCGUGACUGAGUUUGGGAAUAACUUCAUCAACCUGAGCUUCCUCCGCCUCUUCCGAGCAGCCCGGCUCAUCAAGCUCCUCCGGCAGGGUUACACCAUCCGCAUUCUCCUCUGGACUUUUGUGCAGUCGUUCAAGGCCCUGCCUUAUGUCUGUCUGCUGAUUGCCAUGCUUUUCUUCAUCUAUGCCAUCAUCGGGAUGCAGGUGUUUGGCAACAUUGGCAUCGAUGUGGAGGAAGAGGACAGUGAUGAGGACGACUUCCAGAUCACUGAGCACAACAACUUCCGGACCUUCUUCCAGGCCCUUAUGCUUCUCUUCCGGAGUGCCACCGGGGAGGCUUGGCACAACAUCAUGCUUUCCUGCCUCAGUGGGAAGCCGUGUGAUAAAAACUCUGGCAUCCUGACUCCCGAGUGUGGCAAUGAAUUUGCUUAUUUUUACUUCGUUUCCUUCAUCUUCCUCUGCUCCUUUCUGAUGCUGAACCUCUUUGUUGCUGUCAUCAUGGACAACUUUGAGUACCUCACCCGAGACUCCUCCAUCCUGGGGCCUCACCAUCUGGAUGAGUACGUGCGUGUCUGGGCUGAGUACGACCCCGCAGCGUGGGGCCGCAUGCCUUACCCGGACAUGUAUCAGAUGCUGAGACACAUGUCUCCGCCCCUGGGUCUGGGGAAGAAGUGUCCGGCCAGAGUGGCUUACAAGCGGCUCCUGCGAAUGGAUCUGCCCGUUGCCGACGACAACACCGUCCACUUUAAUUCCACCCUCAUGGCUCUGAUCCGCACGGCCCUGGACAUCAAGAUUGCCAAGGGAGGGGCCGACAAACAGCAGAUGGACGCUGAGCUACGGAAAGAAAUGAUGGCCAUCUGGCCCAACCUGUCCCAGAAAACACUGGACCUGCUGGUUACCCCUCACAAGUCCACGGAUCUGACGGUGGGAAAGAUCUACGCAGCCAUGAUGAUCAUGGAGUACUACCGGCAGAGCAAGGCCAAGAAGCUGCAGGCCAUGCGUGAGGAGCAGAACCGGACACCUCUCAUGUUCCAGCGCAUGGAGCCCCCGUCACCAACGCAGGAGGGGCAGAAUGCCCUCCCCUCCACCCAGCUGGACCCCGGAGGAGGCCUGAUGGCUCAUGAGAGUGGCAUCAAGGAGAGCCCUUCCUGGGUGACCCAGCGAGCCCAGGAGAUGUUCCAGAAGACGGGCACCUGGAGCCCAGAGCGAGGGCCCCCGACCGACAUGCCCAACAGCCAGCCCAACUCUCAGUCUGUGGAGAUGCGAGAGAUGGGCCGAGAUGGCUACUCUGACAAUGAGCGCUACCUCCCCACGGAAGGCCAGGCCCGGGCUGCCUCCAUGCCCCGCCUCCCAGCAGAGAACCAGAGGAGAAGGGGCCGGCCACGUGGGAAUAACCUCAGUACCAUCUCGGACACCAGCCCCAUGAAGCGCUCAGCCUCCGUGCUGGGCCCCAAGGCCCGGCGCCUGGAGGACUACUCCCUGGAGAGGGUGCCGCCCGAAGAAAACCAGCGGCACCACCAGCGGCGCCGGGACCGGGACCGGGACCGGGACCGCGGCCACCGAGCCUCCGAGCGCUCCUUGGGCCGCUACACGGAUGUGGACACAGGCUUGGGGACAGACCUGAGCAUGACCACCCAGUCGGGGGACCUGCCGUCCAAGGAGCGGGACCAGGAGCGGGGCAGGCCCAAGGACCGGAAGCACCGGCAGCACCACCACCACCACCACCACCACCACCCCCCGCCCCCCGACAAGGAGCGCUACGCCCAGGAGCGGCCCGACCACCGGGCCCGCGCCCGGGACCAGCGCUGGUCCCGGUCCCCGAGCGAGGGCCCCGAGCACAUGGCACACCGGCAGGGCAGUAGUUCCGUAAGUGGAAGCCCAGCCCCCUCAACAUCUGGUACCAGCACUCCGCGGCGGGGCCGCCGCCAGCUCCCCCAGACCCCCUGCACCCCGCGGCCGCACGUGUCCUACUCCCCGGUGGUCCGCAAGGCGGGCGGCGCGGGGCCCGCGCAGCAGCAGCAGCCGGCGGCGUGGCCGGGCCGGGCGGCCCCGGGGGGCGGCCCGCGGAGGUACCCGGGCCCCGCGGCCGAGCCCCCCGCCGGGGAGCGGCCGCCGGGGGGACCCCGCUCGCCGGCCCCGGAGCGGCGGGGCGCGGCGCCCAGCGAGUCCCCCCGGGCGUGUCGCCACGGCGGCGGCGGGGCGCGCUGGGCGGCCGAGUGGUCCCCGGGCCCCCGGCACCACGGGCACCCCCGCCGCGGCUCCGACUACGACGAGGCGGACGGCGGGGGGGACGCGCCCUACGACGCGCCCUACGAGCCGCCCCCCGCGCGGCGCCCGUGCUCGCCCAGGACUCCCCGGGCCGCGGGCCUGGCGGGCGCGUCGCCCUCCCGGCACGGCCGGCGGCUCCCCAACGGCUACUACGCGGCCCACGGACCGGCCAGGCCCCGCGGGCCGGGCCCCCGGAGAGGCCCGCACGACGCCUACAGCGAGACAGACGACGACGACUGGUGCUAA